AAAGCGAAAAGCCAAAUCCGAGCGUGCUUUAGGUGCGGACACUCCGUAGGAAUAGGUUGUGCCGCUCUGUCAGUCUCAUCUUUUCGCAAGUGCCGAUGACAUAUCGAGGUGAUUUUCGUUUUUGUGAAUGAAAAGUCAUCAAAUUUUAAUUCGAUUCUGUGCGUAUGUGCCAUAUAAGUGAAUUCCCGGUUCAAAUGACCUAAGAAGUGCGCUUCUCUCUAUUUCCACUGACUUUAUUGUUGGGGAAUUCCCAGAAAUGACGAUGUUUAUCGCAGUGAUUUCUCUUUUUUGUGUAACAGCGUUACAGGUUGUUCUCGGAAUCGAGACUUAUUGUUUGAACAAUAAUUACGUUACCAAUGGGACACAUAUGCAAUUCACUAAAGAACCCAGCGUGGAGGAAUUCGCUAUAUUGGGUACUUUUAAGGGAUUGCACUGUUGUGCGAAGAAUUACCGCAGCAUUGAAUGGUAUAAAAAUGGAAAACCCUAUCCAUGGCCAUUGACGAGCUCCCAGCUGAUACUGUAUCCUGAGGAUGCCAAUCAAACAGUGUACACCAAAUCGGUUUCCGAAAAAGAUGCUGGAAACUACACGUGCAUUUUGAGAAAUGACACUGUAGUCCAUUCGCAUACAAUAAUUCUGAAAGUACUAGCGAAAGUUCCGGAUGAGCCCCAGGUGACUUACGUAUCCAGAGACGCUGAGGUUGCUAUCGGAGCAAAUCUACGAUUAUUCUGUGAAGCAUUCGGAGGCCGGAUUGACCUACCGGACGCUCACAAUGAAGCCAUUUGGUUCAAAAUGGAUUCCAAUCGGACCUUAUCGAACGGAACGAGGAUUCGACAGGAGAAAACAUCGAGGGAGGAUGAUCAAACAUUCGGGACAUAUUUGAUUAUCAAUGAUAUCCAACCAGAAGAUUUUGGAAUAUACGUUUGUACAAUCAAAAAACCAGGAAUAACAAAAAAUUUGACUGUUAGUUUAAGACAAAAAGUUAUGGUCGAAUACAUCAAUCCUAAUCCGUUUCCCAUCGAAAAAAUGCUGCUAUUGAUGAUUGCAGCUACGCUCUUGCUGUUGGCAUUUUUUGUUCUCAAUCUACGCUUCGGCUUGGAGCUGAGGUUGAAGUAUAAAAAUACCUUUGGACCACUGGAAGAAGAGGACGGAAAGAUAAACGACGCGUUGAUUUUGUACUCUGGUAAAGAUGAGGACAUGGCUCUGAACAUUUUGUUGCCAAAGCUUGAAGUUGAUUACAAUUACAAAGCUGGUUGCAAGAGGUUACCGUCCAGUGUUGAUGCUUGGAUCACUGAGCUACACGCGUCUUCCAAAAAAAGUCGAAGAAUUAUAUUCAUCCUAUCACCAAGUGCUCUUAACGGAAACUGGGAUACGGCCACUAUUUACAAGGCAAUCAAAGUGUUGGACUCCCUUGGACCAUCUUUGAUCUGCCUAGUCCUGGAAAAACUUCCCACCAUGAAGCACGAGCUGAAAAACAGCCAAGGGGAAACGCUUAAGUCGACUCUGUAUUCGGUUGAUGUCAUAGACUGGAAUAACCCUCCUAGUGAGAAAUGUUGGAAGAAUUUAUGCCUGAGAAUGCCCGCCAGAAGACAUUUCGGCCUUUCCGAGCAGAAUGCCCAACGUCCCAAUAAGAGAACUGUAAAUCGACAAGAAAGUCUGGAUAAUUUAGUGUAAUUAUUUUUGCAAUGUUGGUUAUGAUGUUGUACUUCAAGUGACAAUUCGAUAUCUAAUUUAUGUAAAAUAAUCUUAUAUUUUUAUAUCAAGCUUUUGUGAUUUUUUGAUAUGUGUUAUAGUCUGUAAGUUUUGUGUUUUUAAAAUUUAUACAUAAGUAAAUAAUCAUUUCCACUA